AUGACUGGAUCGAGGUCGCAAGUCAUUCUCCUUUCCGUCUUUUGCGUAGCUGCUCUCUUCACUGCGCGGGCAUGGCGUCUGCCCGACGGAGGCGGUGAGCGUGGGCCGCCGACAGAGGCGACUGUGGACGAGUUGCGCGCAGCGCUCGACAGAUGGGAAGGAGACAUGGCGAUUUUCUUUUACACCUCCUGGGACACGAACAGCAGGCACCUUCUGGGGUUGUGGGAUCAAGCGCUUCGGGUUUUCUCGGCCUCUACAUCUAUCCCCGAGAAGACUUCCAAGCUCGUCAACUUUUGGCAGCAGUUUGUGCCUCCAUUGGGAUCCCUACAGCUGCGUCGCUUUGACUGUGAAAAGAGUGAAGCAGCCCGCAAGUUAUGUCGAUCUUUGGGUCUUCCUUUUCUGCCGGCGGUCCUCUUCUUCUCGUACGGCCCUCUGCGUGAGGAGCCUGGCAAACGAGGUAAAUGGCCGUUCUUCGACGAAGAAGCGGAUGCCUCUCUUCCUCCGAGGUGUGCUCGGUUCAAAGGCGAUAUGUUCAUGUACGACGCCCUGCUGGACUGGCUCCAGAUGAUGCGACGAGUCUCUUAUGUCCAGCGUGCCCUCGACACGAAAAAGCCGAAAGCUGGCGAUGGGGUCUGUGAGGCAGGGACGCAGUCUCCGACGGAAAAAGAGUUGGCUGAGUGUCGAGAACGUCUAAAAAGUCUAGAAGCUGAAAAUGAAGCUCUUCGCCAAGAGGGCCGGCCUCUCCAGGGACGCGGGCCCCAUCAUGAGAAGCCGCAGUAA